AUGCGGAAUAAUGUUUCAACAUUAACAACGGGUGUUUGGUUUGGACUUAAGUGGCACAAUGGCGAGGACACAUUCUACUGGGAAACAUCCGGCACUCUAUACAACUACAGAAACUGGCUAGGGGGUUGGGGUACCGGAUUUUCAAAUGUUUACUGCUACAAGUUUGACCAAAGUAACGGGUUAUGGAGUCAACUUGACUGCUCUACGAGUUCUACCUACAUUUGUGAAAAGGAAGCGACAGACGACCCAUGUUUCCCCAAUCCUUGCCAAAAUGAAGGUACAUGCAUUGUUAAUGGAGCUGAUUAUACGUGUAAUUGCCAAUCUGGUUUCGAAGGGAAAAGUUGUGAGACAUCAGGCUAUUGUCAGCCAGGUUGGUCUCACUAUGGAAGAAAAUGCUACAAAUUCAGUUCAAAUACUAAAACUUGGGACGCGGCUAAGCUUGCAUGUGUAGCAGACGAGAGUGCUUAUCUAGCAGAAAUAAUCAAUGCCGAGGAGAAUUCAUUUCUGCAGACGACCGGUAGCGCAAUUUCAACAUUAACAACGGGUGUUUGGUUUGGACUGAAGUGGCACAAUGGCGAGGACACAUUCUACUGGGUAACAUCCGGCACUCUAUACAACUACAGAAACUGGCUAGGGUGUUGGGGUACCGGAUUUUCAAAUGUUUACUGCUACACGUUUGACCAAAGUAACGGGUUAUGGAGUCAACUUGACUGCUCUACGAGUUCUAACUACAUUUGUGAGAAAGCCGCCACGGAUGAUCCCUGCACAAAAAGCCCUUGCAAGAACGGAGGCACGUGUACAAGUCAAUCUGGCAGUUAUACAUGUACCUGUACAAGCAAAUUUGCAGGAACUAAUUGUGAGCAAUCAUGUCCUAGUGGUUGGAACUUGUCAAGUGGUCGUUGUUAUGUAUUCAAAAAUGGGGAGACAGUGAACUGGUCUACUGCAAAGGUAACAAAUAAAUCAUAA